AUGCCACACUAUAAUUGCACUAGUGGCCAGACUCUUCCUGGUGGGAUAGAGCCUAAGUCUCACUUCUGGAGCUGGAAUAGCCCCUUCUACCCGGUACCAUCAGAAAUCGACCCUUCUAUACCUGCAGGUUGCGAGGCUACCUUCGUACAAGUCCUCAGCAGGCAUGGUUCCAAAUAUCCCAAGACACAAGAGAUGCAAGAAGCCAAGGCGAUAAUUAAGCACAUUCGGACUACCGUAACUCAUGGCGAGGGCUUGGAGAUCCUAAAGUCUAACGAUCUAAUACCCCGCUAUCUUUCACCGUUUGGCAAGAAAGAAGCUUUGGACUCUGGCAUAUCGUUUUAUAAACGGUACCGGCAUCUCGCUACUAAUCACGACCCUUUUAUAAGAAGCGUUAGCGAGGAACGCGGCGACCCAGAUACUACCAGACGUAUUCAAAUUAUACCUAUGACAAAGGGCUUUAAUAACUCACUACAUCACGGCGGUUGUCCAGCCUUUGAGAAGACUGUUAAUGCUCGUACCUCAGAAGCGCCAGUUCAGUGGAUUCAAGAGUAUUCUAGGCCAAUUACUGAACAGGCAAAUAAGGCACUACUACCUAGGGCAAACCUUAUACCUUCCCAGAUAAAGCGAUUAAUGAGUCUAUGUCCAAUCAACACAGUAAUCAAUGGCAUAGAGUCGAAAGUCUGUAACCUCUUUACAACAGAGGAGUUCAAAAACGAUGAAUACGGCGAUACACUCAGCAAAUACUAUUCUUGGGGACCAGGCAACCCGCUAGGCCCAACACAAGGAGUAGGCUUUACUAAUGAGCUUAUUGCACAGUUAACACAGCAGCUAGUUGUUAACCAUACAUCAACUAACACAACGCUUACUGGAGAUCCAAAAACAUUCCUACUUAAUAAGAAGAUAUAUGCUAACUUUACCUGUGGGCUAUUUAAUGGGGCAGAGCCUCUUAGUCAGACACAUAUGACACCGUUAGCAAGGGCUAAGGGUUUCUCAAUGAGUCGGUUAAUUCCGUUUGCUUCCCGCAUGUAUGUAGAGAAGCUUCAGUGUAGCGGCGAAGCGAACGAGGAGUUUGUCCGGGUGCUGGUUAACGACCGGGUGAUGCUGCCAUCUGGUUGCAAAGUUGAUCGGCACGGCCGGUGCAAGCUGAGUGAGUUUGUGGAAGGCUUGAAAUUUGCGAGGGCUGGGGGGCACUGGAAUAAAUGCUUCCAUUAA